AUGAUAUCCGGCUCAUUACGCGCAGCCUUACUGGCGCUCGUUCUUGCAUCGACAUCGUCAGCUGCAACAGUCUCACUUGCCUCCUUCAUACCGCGGAUCGACAACCUCCCAAAAUCUUGCAACGCCGUCUACAACAGCGCCAUCUCUGGGUGUGUAGCGGAUGAUUUCAAGUCGGGCGCAACCUGUUCCGCAGCCUGUGUGCGGGGCUUGUCGGCCAUCGCAGAGAGCGUGACAGAUAAGUGCGCGAACGUCGAUGCGGGCGAGUUGAGCAUCAUUGGAGUCUUCCAGAACGGACUGGGUAUACAGAGUCUAUGUCCUGGAGUUACGAUUACGACGAUUUCAAGCGAGAGUGCGGGGCAGACAACGACAAAGACAUCAGAUCAAGCGACAAGCACCCAGGCGGUCUUGACGAGUACGAGCUUCACAAAUUCAGCAAUCGAAGCGACAUCGACAUUGUCAAGUUCAUCAACGGAGACGGAGGAGGGAGAUGAGAAACCGACGAGUUCAGUGCAACCUACGAGUUCGAGUUCGUCGACGGGAGGCUUGGUGCUGGAUCCGAAUGCUACCGGAACGCUCACGGCUUCAGUCGCACCUCCCACGGACACUGCGCAAGCGACCCAGGCACCCAAUGCACAAUUAUCAAACGCUGAUUCGGGCGGUGGUUCACCGUUUGAUGUCGUUGCUGUGGGUGCUUCACCACAGCUUAAGACUAUGGGGAUCUCGAUAGCAAGCCUAUCCGCGAUAGCAAUCAUGUUGCUCACGAGUGGAUAG